AUGUUUUUCAUUGCUACCAACUUAAAAUUUAACACGUCACCGGAAGAAGCGAAAAUUAGAUUUCCGGAAAUAAAAAGAAAAUGUUUUAAUAAAUUAUCAUCGAGAGAUGUUGAAUAUUUCGUUAGCGUUCUGGGUAAAGACAGAGUCAUUUCCGAUUUGACAGACGUCGAACCUUACAAUAUAGAUUUUGCAAGGCACAUAAAAGGAAACAGCGAAAUCGUUUUAAAACCCAAAUCGACAGAAGAAAUUUCAUCGAUACUCAAAUACUGUAAUGAAAAUCAAUUAGGAGUUUGUCCACAGGGUGGAAAUUCAGGUUUGGUUUCGGGAAGCGUACCUGUUUUCGACGAAAUUAUCAUAUCGACCGUUUUGAUGAAUAAAAUAAUCAAUUUCGAUGAAUUUUCCGGAUACGAUAAAACCAUCGAAGGUUUUAAACUGAACAAUCCGUUCGGUGAAAAAUAUAAAUUUUACAUGCUUUUGGAAACGAGGAGCAGCAUGGAUGGUAACGAUUUGGAAAAAGUUAACGGUUUUUUGGAAAAAAUGAUGGAAAAAGGUUUGGCAUUGGAUGCGGUUUUUAAAAAUGGCUACGCAUACAAAUACGACAUAUCAUUACCCCAUGAAAAUUUUUAUAAAUUGGUUGAAAUAAUGAAAGAAAAAUUAAAAGGAACGUCAGCAACUUUGGUCACGGGUUACGGACAUUUGGGUGAUGGAAAUUUACAUUUAAACAUUUGUUCAGAAUCCUACGAUAAAGAGUUAAAAGAUCAAAUAGAACCUUUCGUUUUCGAAUUGACACAAAAAUUUAAAGGUAGCAUAAGUGCCGAACAUGGUAUCGGUUUAGAAAAACCUGAAUUUUUACACUUAUCGAAAUCAAAAUCAUCCAUCAAUUUAAUGAAAAACAUAAAAAAUUUAUUAGAUCCGAAUGGUAUACUCAACCCAUACAAAGUUUUACCGCCAUCUUGUUAA